UAGCGUUCCAGUCAGUCGCGUGGACGACAUCUGACGUGAUAGUUGCACUAGCCUUUCGUUUCUCAAUCGACCUCCUCAUAAUGGCAAAUCGAUUUGAUUGUGCUGUGCAUACAGGUUUCAAAUUGAGAUGGCUUUUGUUAUUGUCUUGUCUUUACAUCUCGGUGGAAGCUCACGCCUAUGGCUACAGACCUCAACAGCAGCCCGUCGUCCGGCCGUCUGCUUACGUUGCUAAGCGGCCUUCAACGUAUUCCUACGUGCGGCCGGCAGCGCGUGGCAUCCCGCCCCAGCAGCCGGCCGUCAAGUACGUACUACCAGCGACCGCCGUUCCAAAAUACGUGGCAUCGACAGCAACAACAACAGCCAUACCGCCUGUGGCCACCGCCUCGUACAAGUCGGGUGACUACGCCGCUGGAACGCUUCUACCCACCACGACUGCAGCGCCCUACACCGCUGAAGUGGUUUACUAUACCACUGAGCCUGUCUACUACACCACUACCCCUCCUAGUUACUACGCCGAACGUAUUUAUUACAGCACCGAAUUACCAGCCGCUUCUGGAACAGCAACAGAGUCUCCUUACUACACCGGCUCCCAGUACACUUACGUCGAUGCAGGAACCUAUUUUGGAGAGGAUGUCUCCCAACAGGUUACCGAAUCCCCCAAUGUUUAUGCCUCGUCAGACUACGUUCCAGCCGUUCCAGGAGACUACGCUUCAGCAGGUGCAGGAGGCUACGCUCCAGCCGUUCCACCUGACUACGCCACAGCCGUCGAAGCCCAUUACAUGGACGCUGGAUACAAUGUGGCAAGUGUUCCAUCCUACUACCCCUACACCGACACGACAGAGUAUUACGCUGUGGCUGCUGGUACUGAACAAUAUGCCCAGAACGCUGGCUACUACACCGCGAGCCCACCGGUCUUCGCCGAAACCGCGCCCACCUACGCCGGAAGUGUUCCAGUCUACGACGGCCAGCAGAACUACGUUGCCGGAAGCGAUGCCUACGUUACGGACGUCUCUGUCAAUUACUACUACGCCAACUUGGCAGCGGACACAGCCACGUUCAGUCCGUUCAGUCCGGCUAACGUUCAGUACGUUGCUUAAACGACUUAUGCGCCUCGCCCUAUUGCUGAUAUCUGUUUUGGAGAAGCCAUUUCUAUCGCUGUUGCACCAUCCCAAAUUAGUUGGCAUCUUCCAGCUCGGCACUAGAGCUUUAACUACCAAGUGAAAAACAAGUAAGAUGGAAAUGUUUGCGUAUGUUGUGGAUUUUAUACGUUGAAUUAAUCUUUGUUAGUGCUGUGCAAAAGUUUGGUUGACAUCAAAAUAAAAUUGAAUUUAAUGAAA